AUGAAAAGGGGCUUCAAGCCCAGGUCUGGAAGAAAUGGAACCUCCAAAACAACACGAAUUCGGUAUCCCGCAACUAGUAGUUCGACUAAUAUGCAGUUUGGCUUUAUACUUGGUCUCGUAGCCCUUGCUGCAGCCAGCUCGGUGUCCAGAGAUAAUGCGCCAGCCGUAACCCCUCAAGAAUAUGACCUCAUGAAAUUUUACGCACAGCACGCUUCGGCAGCGUACUGUAACUACAACGCCAAGGUCGGUUCAAAAGUGCAGUGCGCCGACUGUCCAGAGUUGGGACAUGAAGAUACGACCAUUGUAGCCUCGAAGGUUGGUCUGCUUACCGGCAUCGGCAUGUACGUUGCGGUCGACCAGCGUCGAGAAGAAAUCGUGGUGGCCAUCCGAGGCAGCUCAAACUUGCGAAAUUUCCUUACGGACGCGGCGUUUCCAUAUGUUCCUUGUCCUUACGGAGUGGGCUGUCUGGUACAUGUGGGAUUCGAUGUUGCGUGGAAAGAGGUCAUGGACGCUAUCGAUGAAGCCGUCAACACCGCUCUGAACCAAAACCCAAACUAUGACAUUGUCGUUACUGGGCACUCGCUCGGCGGAGCUGUGGCGACCCUGGUAGCAACACACUUUCGAUCUAACGGAUGUGCGGUUGCUGAAUUCACAUUCGGAUCGCCUCGAGUUGGAAACAUCAUCUUUGCUCAAUAUGCCUCUUCACAAAACGGCACCACAUACCGUGUGACGCAUGAAGGCGAUCCGGUCCCGAGACUUCCACCUCUUUUACUCGGUUAUCGACACAUAUCGCCAGAAUACUGGCUGCACAACGGCGAAUCAACCCAAAAUGAUUACCAUAUCUCGGACAUUGAAAAAUGCAAUGGAUACAUCAACCUUGCUUGCAACAGCGGCACCUUCGGACUUGACAUUCGAGCUCAUUCCCACUACCUGGUGCCAAUGUCAAGUUGCCGUGCAGAUUCAGAUGCUGCUGCGGCUGCUAAGUUUGUUGUCUUGUCUAGCCAAUCGUCAGAAGUUGAUGACGACAACUUUGCCGACGACAAGGAUGACACGGCGUUGAUGGAUCAGCUGCGUUAUUGGGCAGAAAAGGAUAAGGAGUACACCGCGCAGCUAACCAUGUAAUAGAGCCUGGCUGCUCUGCCAAGCCCUCCCAGAAGUAAAUAUCAAAUGGCGUGGAUUUGUAAAUAUGGGCGGAUAGAUUAGAACAUAGACUGUAAAAAUGUAAUAGCCAGUGGCGUGUAUCAGAAUGGAGACGGGAGCUAAACGGAGCACGGAAGCUCCCGCGAUGCGUGAUCCGAGACUGCGUUAGUGCCAGCCUAAGCCAGCAGAGGCAAAGUCGUGAUUCGGGGCACUGCAACACUGACCUGUGUUUAGAAGAGUUGGUGACAAGGUCAGGUUUCAGCAACGUGGAGCUGGUGCUUUGUAGUGGCCGACAGUGAGAAACAUGCUCAUCUGACGGACACGAGACCAGCUGCCAGAUGCCAGCUGGCGGACGAGAAUACUGCCUACAGCACCCCUAAUAAACGCUA